CAACACAGCAGCGGAGAAGUGUCGGAGUUUCGGUCCGCGGACACUAACACUGCGCUCCUUUACGCGGACACUUUCCAAAAGGGACUUUCUGUCAGAAGCAUUACACAUAAGCGCUGCUCGUGCGUGUGAGAAAUACAUUUGUCCUAUGGUUUGGAGAGAAACGCGAGUUAUUGGAUAAAUAACGCAGGACUGACGGAACGCAUUCGGGACUCUCGCGGUGCGUUUUUACCUCCGAUGCGUCGCUGAUGCGCUCGAGCUGAGAUAACGGAAAGAGAAGAAUUAGAAGGAUAAAGAGGAGAGGACGAGAGGAGAGGAACUGUCCUGUCAUACAGCCUGGUUGUGAGGGGUGCAUGUAGGCAGCAAUAUGAAGCCCUUCAUCUCUCAUCUGCUGCUUCUCCUCUAUCAACUCCUGCCAUCCCUGGUGCUAACCGACACCUGUCCGACGGACUGUACCUGUACAACGAUAUACUCCAUAUUGUGCUUUAGUCGCCGGGCCCCAAAAAUGCCCAGUGAUGUGUCCACAGAAGCUAAGAGUCUCUAUGUCUUCAAAAAUGGCAUUGAGACCCUUUCUCAGGAAGACUUUGAUGGCUUAAGCAACCUGGAGAUGCUGGAUCUAAGCCAGAACAAGCUGACGGAGCUGCCAGAUCGUGUAUUCGAACCGCUCUCCUCACUCCUCAACCUGGACCUCUCGGCCAACCAGAUUGUUCACAUAUCCCAGGAGAGCUUUGCGGGACUGGAGCUUCUGGAGAGGUUGUAUCUCUACAACAACUUUAUAGAGAGCAUCCAUCCUGCAGCUUUUGAUGGACUAGAGCUGUUGAUAGAGCUCAAGCUACAAGGAAACAAACUGACAACACUGCCUGCUCUUAAAAUGCCCCAUUUGCUCUUACUGGAUUUACGGUUCAACAGCAUCCCAACACCAGGGCCAAAACGCCUCCAUACUCCCAAGUUGGAGUCACUGAAACUUGGCGGACUUGGGCUUACAAGGCUCGAUGAGGAUCUUUUGGGAAGCUUUAAGAACCUCCAUGAGCUGGACAUCUCCAACAAUCAGUUAACUACAUUUCCACCUGUACUGCGGGAAGCGAGAGGCUUGGUUACCCUCAGUCUCGGUGGGAAUCCAAUGGGCCCUCUGAAAUGGGAGGACUUCGAGAAACUGACAGAGCUUCAAGAGCUGGAUAUCAGCAAUCUAAGUCUCCAAGGCUUAUCGGAGACCCUUACCCAGCUCUUUCCUCUUCUGAAAAAACUGACCGUUGCUGAGAACCCUUUUAACUGCCUGUGCAACCUGGCUUGGUUUCCUAGCUGGCUUCGAAAUAAGCAGAUUCAGUUGGGAAGGACGGAAGAGACACGCUGCCACUUUCCUCCCUUGAAUGCCGGUAAGGUGCUGGAGAGAUUGGUACAUCAAGACUUCGGAUGUCCAACAACCACAACCGUUACGACUCGCAUGGUAAAGACUACAGUGGUUAUUCCAGCUCUGGCCACCAGUUUGCCAAGCACAACACAAGCAGUUCUCCAUGCCAAGCCAAGUGAAUACGCUUCUAAAGAAACAGAAAACGACCUUCCUUCUCCUAUACCAAGUACUACCAUUGACCCAGACCUCAGAGCAACCUUCUGCCCACCAAAUAUCUGCCUCAAUGGAGGAACAUGCUGGUUCAACCAUGAGGGACACCUUAAAUGCAGGUGUCCGCCAAGAACAUCAGGCACAUAUUGUGAAAACAAAGACGAUCCACCUUCGUCUGUGGACUUACCUACUGUAUUAAGCACUGUAGCACCUGAAAUCACUGCACAAAUAGUAACUAGCUCUUCUAUACUCUUGGACUUUCAUCGGUACAUUGAGAUGCGUCCACACAUCCGUGGAGUUCGGUUAACCUACAUUAACCUCUCGGGCCUGGACAAGCGUCCCAAGCAACUCAACGUUCCUGCUUCUUAUCCGGAGUACACACUACGCGGACUCCAGCCAAACUCUACAUACUCUGUAUGUGCCAGUCCAUUGGGUGACUAUGGCAACAUGGAUAGCGUAUGCACCGAAGCACAGACGGUGAUCCAGCAGCCAAGUCCUACUGGAGCAAGACUGGAGAACCCGAAGCUCACCACGAUGCUCAUCCCUGCAGUUGCCAUCCUUCUUCUGCUAGUUCUAAUCGCCAUUGCCGUUGGCGUGGCUUGCUACAUGCACCGGAAAAAAUCAAAGGGACACCUGGAUCACGAAUGUGAUCCCUCACAGCUCGAGUUGGAUAAUGGCUCUCUGCCACAAAAGCAAGAGAUUAUAUCACGUCCGUCAACAGUGCAGAACGGUGGCUUGGACUACGAGGUACCACUUAUGCAGCAUCACAGUACUGCUAACAGCAAUUUGAACAGUUUAAAGCCAUCAUAUUUCUGAUAACUAAGUGUGCCUUCGUUACAUGCUAAAGCAUGAAAACUGUAGCCUUACCUUCUCCAUUACCUAAAAGGUACCACUGUGGACAUCAACUUUGACCAGCCACAAGGUUCUUAGUGAAGACACGUUUUAGCUGGUGCAAUCUUACUAGGAUAUUUCUCCUCUUAGUCCUCUUAAGCGCCUUUAGCAUAUCAGAUCUGAAAGAAAUCUGAAAACCCAAAAAUCUGCAUUCAUUUUAAGUUUAAAACAAAGUUCUUAGCGCACUUGGCUGCCACUUGUAAAAGGAAAAAACGUAGGUAAUAAUUUGACAUGUAGCAUCUGUGUGCAACUCUAAAGAGCUGCACUAACUGUGAACCGGCCCCACAUGCACGUGGGCAAUUGAAGAUAUGGACUUCUUAAGACAUUCGAAGGCUGACACUUUUGAUACUUUGAUUUGUUUUGUAAAGUUGCAAAUGUUGUUUUUUGGUGAACUAUUUUAUAUCUGUAACUUUUUUUUAAACACAAUGUUUUUGUACAAAUAUGUGACUGCUAACAGGCUGCUCGUCCCCUGCCUCUUGUGACUUACAAAGCAGACAAAACAUUAGCUAAUAAACUUUGAAGAUUAAAAUUCACUUGCGCCACCAAGUGAAUCAAAGGCUUUACUCUAGAAAUGCCAGACAGUCUUAGUUAAAAGUCUUUACAGACUUGAAACUAAAUCCCUCCUCUAUUUUUCAGCCCCUAUCCCAUUUUGCCCUUAAAAACAGAGACAAAACGAAAGAACACACAGAGGGAGGGGACUGAUUGAAAAGAAGAUUAAUAUACAUUAUGUUCUGUUGUAUAUAUACAGUAUCCUCAAAAGCUAUAAUUGUAAGCAACAAACCCUUAUGGGAUCAUUUAUAUUUGUGUCCCAAAGGAUUGAGGUUGUUUCCUAAUCCACAGUUCAAAAUCAGCCCUAAUUUUGCAUCAGUCUGCAAAAUGAGUCUUUGCACUAUUUAGUUUAAGUUACUCUUUUCUCACUUAAAUAUGUUACAGGUUUUUAUCUUCAAAACACUAUGAUGUGAAUUCAAAUAGUUCAGAGCUUGAGGUAAUGUAUGAGUGAGGUAUUAGGUUCAGUUUAACCUAAAUCAACAGUCUGAUCUAAACCAUACCCAAACAUCUCAACAAUACAUUCAUUGAAAUGGCAUAAAAUACUUUAAAACAACCAUCCAUCCAUGUUCCUCUAUGACACACUUGUGUGUAAUUUAAGAUGAGGGAGCAGCCAAAAAUACUGUAGGUUCUAGAGUCUUUCAAAGUUAUGUUUACGGUAAAAUGCCAAACCGAGACAGUGGGAAGCUGUGCUGAUAUACCUCUGUGAGGAAAUGUGUUAUUAUUUUAGUGCUUGUUCUACAUUCUGCCAGAUAACAUAAUCAUAAAACAUAAUAAAAUUGUGCUGACAAGUGUAUCUGCAGCCUUUUGGAUACGUAAUUGAAAAGAUUUUCUUGUCGGAAACUCCAAACUGGAAACCAAAUGUCAACAUGAAGUAUUGAAAAUAUUUGUGAAUAUUUUCGAUAAGAUUUGCCUCUAAUUAGGGAUGUACCGAUACCUCUUUUUCUCUUCUGAUCCGAUUCCGAUACCAGAAAUCUCAUUAUCGGCCGAUACGAUACCGAUCCCAAUCCGAUACCAGUGUUGUUUUUAAUCAGUUUAGAAUAUCUUUACAUUAUUGUGCGGAAGUAAUUGUGCUAAUAAUAAUUAUUAUUUCAAUAUAAAUGUAUAGAUUAUUAAGAAACACUUUAUUAUUAACUAGUUUACUGGAUAAUGUAGCAGCAAUAUUAACAGUAAUUCCAGUCUUCAAGUCUUCAGUUGAAAAGAAACCGGUGUUUUAUUUUUUAUUUUUUUUAUUUAAUUUUCCCCCCAAUUUUUUUCAACUUGCAUCUGGACUUUAAAGGAUUCAGAUCUCUUUUUGGUUCAAGUAAUUUGUAAGACAUCCGUCCGCUUUUCUUUCACACAGUUCAUUUUUGGAACCCAUUCAACUUAAAAAUGGUUAUAAAGUGUAAAAUAAAUACUAAUGACAAUAAUAACAAUCAUCAUAAUAAUACACUUGUAUUAAUAUUAUUAUUAAUGGCUUUUAAUUUUAAAUACAACAUUCAUAUAUUUAAAUCGUGCACUUUUUAAACCCUCAGGCUUUUAUUUUGACAUUCGGAACUUUCCAGGACGUCCUGUAUGUGUCUGUUUGUGGGCAAGUUCACAGCAGUUUAAUUCGCUUCUUAUUCAAAAUCUGGUCAAAUGCACCUCCGGUAAUGCGCUGGCGCUGCGUAUACUAUUGUAGCAGGGCGGAGG